GUGUGGUUGCGAAAUUAAAUUUUGUUGUUUAAUUGCUGUCUAGUCUCUAGGUCUCCAUUGUCACUUUUCACUUGUCAGCUCAGAUAACAGAGUAGUAGAAGUUUGUCAGUUGAGUAUACUUCGUUAAUCUAUGCUUGUCAGUUCUUACUACUUUGUGACAUUUUGAGAAAUGGCGGAAUCUGAAGAAAUACCUAUCACUAAUAGAGUAAUAAUAAAAGUGGAAGGUCCACCAGAAAUCCCUAAAAUGAGUGAUGAGAAGUCUGAAGAAAAUAAAACAUCCAAUUCAACAGAUCGAUCAAAGCCCAAAUCUUCUUUCAAUAUAUCCUUGAAACCAAGUAUUUUGAAGCCGCCACAACUUAAUCUGGGAAGUUCUACAGCUAAUAGUGGAGAUUCUGUAAAAACCUUCAAACUUAACCCACCAAAAUUGAACCCAUUUUCAAACAGAGUUGAUACUUCUAAAGAAGAAAAAUCUAAUGGAGAGUCACUAAAAGCUGUUACCUCAGUUUCUGAGAACAAAGUCGACAGUUUAAGUGAACGAGCUUCUGUUGAAUCUGUAUCAACAACUUCUAAUGUAACUUUAACAACCUCUAGUGCUUCAUCAACUUCAUUUGUUUUUGGCCAAAAUCUCAAGGAACGUGUUAUUGCAGCAGAAAAUGAAAAUGAAGAUCCCAAACCGUCAACUAGUCUAAGUACUAAUGGUACAACUGAUAUGUUGUUCAGUAGUGCAAUCAAAACAACUGAUACAAAGCCUAAUAUAGCAAAUAAUGUUAAAGAAAAUAAGAGUUUAGUUGAAACAGCUAGAGAAUAUGAAGAAUCACGUGCUGUUAAAAGGAAAUAUGAAGAAGUUGAAGUUAAAACUGGUGAAGAAGAUGAAACAAAUAUUCUUUGUAUAUCUUGUAAAUUAUUUUCAUUUGAUGGAGCAAGUGGAAGCUGGCAAGAAAGAGGUCGAGGUACUUUGAGAUUAAAUGACUUUGAAACUGAUAAUCAUACCCAAAGUAGGUUGGUGUUUCGAACAUCUGGCAGUCUCAGGGUUAUUCUCAACACCAAGGUUUUUUCAAAUAUGACAGCAGAAAAGGCAAGUGAGAAGAGUAUAAGAUUAACAGCCCUAGAUGCUAAUGGUGAAAUUAAAAUAUUCUUAGUAAUGGCUUCAGUGGAAGAUUCCAAAGUAUUACAGCAAAACUUAGAACAGAGGAUAAAAAUGGAAAUAGAAGCUUGUAAAAGGAAAAAAAGUUAAUGGUCCUCAAAAUUGUAUAUAUUUUCAAAUUUUUAAUGUAUACUUUUCUACCAAGAUUUCAUUCUAUCUCAGUAAGUUGAGUUAGUGUUCUGGCUUAUCACAAGAAAAAUAUCUUAUUUAGAAAAGACCUUUUGAAUGACUGUCACAUAUAUGUUGCAUUUUACGAUUAGGGAUAAAGGAAAAAACAUUGUAAUUUUAUUUUUAUUAGAAGUACGUCAUGUAGAUUUUACAGAGAAAAUGUUCGAAGAAAAUAAAUGAGAAAUGAUUUUAUA